AUGAUGGAAAACAACCAAAACAACGCCAACUAUAACUCCAAUAACUCCAACCGUGUGGUUCGCACUGGUCUCUUUCGCGGAUUGAAAAUGCUCGCCAGUGCGAGUGAUUUCGUCCUGAAGAGAAAAAUUCGUUGCUACCUUGCACUGGAAGGUCCUCCAUCCAAACGCCCUCGUUCGAAUCGCAGUAGUAGCAACAACGACAAGCGCAGCAAUAAGGUCCACUUCCAUGACCAGGUCCAAGUCCGCACCAUCGAACACCAUUCGUCUUACACAGAAGAAGAGCGCAAUGCCAUGUGGCGUUCCAAAGAAGAGAUCAAGGCCCAUGCUGUACGCAACCGAUUCGAGAGGCAAUGGGAAGGCAAGGACUGGCGCAAUGCCCCUGAAGAAUCCGACAUGUUGUUUGAUGUCCGUCAUGGAGUCCGUUAUCAUCCAUGCUGGACCAUUCCUCGCACACCGUAUCACAGCGGAGAGAUACUGUACGGUAGCAAUAACAAGCGAGCCUCAUUCAGUCGUCAUCUCCUGCAGUACAUGCGCAAAUAUGGAACGACGGCCUUUUUGGAGGAAUGA